AUGGUAGGAUUAGAAAUGAAUGAAUAAAACACCUCUAAGCUGUAGCCAAAAUUCUGUUUAUUAUUCGUUUAACCCAUCAAUUUUUUUGCUUAAUCUUUUUCAAAAGUUAUUUUUAUUGGUAUUAAAUAAAAAUCUCAGAAAUUUUCGGAUUCUAAUUUGACAAUUUUAGUUUAAUAAAUUUUAGGAAAAUCGCCUAUUAUCUCAAAAAAAAUUAAGAAAAAACUAUUAUUAAAUUUAUAUGGAAAGCGAACAGGUAAUUUAUUAAAUGACAAAAUUUAGUAAGAGAAUCGCUCACCUUUGUUGAAAUAAAGAUUUGAGCCCUUUUCAAUUGAAGAAACAAAAGAAAAUGUCGUAAUUGAAUAGGAAGACAAGUUUGAUCAAUUCAAGGACUUUGUGUUCGGAAUAUAAAUACAAAAGUGCCAGAGAGAUGUGUACUUGGAUGGGAAAGUGAAUCCAAUUAAUAAAUAGAACAAUUUCAUAAAAAACUCAAAAUACAAUGCAUUUACAUUUUUACCCUUAGUUUUGUUUGAACAAUUCCAUUAAUUUAUAAACUUAUUUUAUUUAGGUUUAACAAUAACUUAAUGCAUAAGUUUCUUAAAAGUUGGAUUUUUAAUUGAUUAUUUAGGACCACUUGCUUUGGUAGUUGCAAUAUCUUUACUGAAGGAAUUGUACGACGACAUUCAAAGACACAUGAGGGAUCACCAAAUAAAUAAUUAUGAAUACGGAUUAAUAACAGAAAAUGGAAUUCAAAAAAUUACUAGUGGGAACAUUAAAGUAGGCCAAAUAGUAGAAGUUAAAUGUAAUGAGAGAAUACCUGCAGAUUUACUAGUAUUAUAUGCUGAUGAUGAAUAAGGAAACGUCUUUAUUAGAACUGAUUAACUCGAUGGUGAGACUGAUUGGAAAUUACGAAAAGCAGUAAAAGCAACUUAAAAUUUGAUUAAAAAUGGGGCAGAUCCUAGUUCAUUGAUAUCCUAAAAUAGUUAUGCUACAUGUCAGGAACCUAUAGCAAACAUCUAUUAAUUUUCUGGGUUGUUCAAUUAUAGAUAUCAAAAGGAAUCCUUAUCCUUAGAACAUGUAAUGUGGGCAAACACAGUUCUUGCAACAGGCAGGAUAUAUGGAUUAGUAAUAUUGAAUGGUAAGGAAACACGAAUGGCAAUGAAUAGUAAGACUCCAAAAACAAAAUUUGGUAUUCUUGAUGAUGAAAUAAAUUGGUUAAGCUUUUUGUUAUUCGUUAUGAUGUCUAUAAUGGCAGGGAUAGUUACUGCUUUUAGUGGUUAACCAGCAACAGCCAGCGUUGUUACAGUAGCAUAUAUAAGAUACUUAGUUUUGCUGAGUAAUAUUAUACCUAUAUCUAUGAGAGUAAACUUAGAAUUUGCCAAAUUAGUUUAUUCAUAUAAGAUAAAUAUUGACCCAUAAAUUGAAGGAACCAUAACGAGGAAUUCAAAUAUCCCAGAAUCACUAGGCAGAAUUCAAUAUUUAUUAAGUGACAAAACAGGCACUUUGACCUAAAAUGAUAUGAUCUUUAAAAAAUUAUCUUUGGCUUCAGCUCAAUUUUCAGAGGAAGACAAAGAAGAAAUGAAAAAAAUACUCAUUGAAUAAUGCAAAUUAAAUGAAUACCCUUUAUAGGAUGUAGUAAACUUUUUGAAUAAAAAUAACUCUAAAUUAAGACUAAAAAGAGAAAGAGAUUAAGUGUUUAGAGAUUUAAUGUUUGCAUUAUGUUUGUGUCAUAACGUGACUCCUAUAUACGAUGGAGAGAAUCCAAAGACCUUUUAAGCUUCAUCUCCUGAUGAAAUUGCACUUGUGAAGAUAGCAGAAGAAAUAGGAAUUGAAUUAUUAUCAAGAGAUUAGAUUCAAAUUACAAUAAAGGAUUGCAUAUAAAGGAAACAAAAGUAUGAAAUCUUAAACAACUUCCCAUUUUCAAGUGAGACAAAAAGAAUGGGCAUCAUCUUAUAUAAUAGAGAAGCAGAUAGAUAUAUAUUCUAUGUAAAAGGAGCAGAUGCAGUAAUGAAAUCAUUGGUCUAAGAACAUUAAAGAGGAUUCAUAGAUGAGGAAUGUGAGAACUUAGCAAGAGAAGGGUUUAGAACACUUGUGAUCACUUAAAAAUUACUUACAAAAUAAGAAUAUGAAAAUUGGAAGAUGAAAUUUGAUUAGGCAAAUGAGUAAAUAGAAAAUAGGGAAACCUCAAUUUAGAAGGCAAUUUCAUUGUUAGAAAAAGAUAUGGAAUUUCUAGGCAUUACUGGUGUAGAAGACAAAUUACAAGAAGAUGUUUGUUCUACUUUGGAAAAUGUUAGAAAUGCAGGUGUAAAUGUGUGGAUGUUAACAGGAGAUAAGAUUGAAACUGCAAUAUGUAUAGCAAUAUCUAGUGGAAUAAAGUCACCAACCUAAUAGAUAUUUUUAAUCAAGGAGACUUCCGACCCUGAGAAAUUUUAAUAACAAAUUAAUACAUUUGGUGUUGAUACUAAUAAUCAUUUACUCGUAAUUGAUGGAACUAGUUUAAAUACUGCUCUAACAUAUUUUGAGGAAUUAUUUUUCACUAUUGCCACUAAGAGUUUAUCAGUAGUUUGUUGUCGUUGUUCUCCAACUCAAAAAGCAUAAGUUACAGAGUGCAUCAAGUUCUAUACGAAGAAGGUAGUUGCAUGUAUUGGAGAUGGAGGAAAUGACGUUGGUAUGAUUUAAUCAGCAGAUGUUGGAAUUGGAAUUGAAGGUAAAGAAGGGAAAUAGGCUGCAUUGGCAUCUGAUUUUUCGAUAAUCAAAUUCAAAUAUUUGAAUGUUCUCUUACUCUGGCAUGGAAGAUUAUCAUACAAAAGGAGUGCCUUAUUAUCAUAAUUUGUUAUUCAUAGAGGAUUAAUCAUUUCAGUUAUUCAAGCUGUUUUUAUGUUUGUGUUCUACUUUUUGUCUAUCAGCAUCUUUAGUGGCGGAUUAUUACUUGGUUAUUCUACAAUUUACACGUAUCUAUAUUUAUUAAAGGCUAGAAUGUUUCCAGUAUUUUCAAUUAUAUUUGAUGAAGAUGUUGACAUUAAAAUAGCACUUUAAUAUCCUCCACUUUAUAGGUCUUUACAGAAAGGUAGAGAUCUCAAUGCCAAGACAUUUAUGGUUUGGGUUUGGAAAUCUAUAUUCCAGGGAGUUAUAAUUAUGAUUUUGGCUCUGGCUAUGUUUAAGAAUAUCUUCUUGGAAAUUGAAACUGUAGCUUUUACAGCCCUUAUUUUUAAUCAAUAUGCUCUAACAUUGAGUGAAUUGCAUUCUUUGCACAUUGUAAUGAUCAUAUCGAAUAUUGCAUCUGCCUUCAUAUAUAUUUUGUCCAUCAUGUGGUUCCCAAAUCAACUAUUGGUUUCAGCUAUGACUUUUUAAUUCUUCUUUUAUGUCAUUGUAAUUGUAUUGGUCAGUUGGUCACCUUGUUUUUUAGCCUAAAAGAUAUUAAAGAAAUAUGAUCCAUCUGACUAUGAAAAGAUCAUGGCAAAUGUAAAAAGAGAAUUAAUCAAUACCAAAAUUUUUAAGUGA